GUUAAUUCGCGCUCCAGCGCGGUAGAUGACUUUCGCGCGCUCUCAGUGACUCGCGGAGACCCGCUGAGGCCAGUUGUCCACGUAAGUCGGCGUGCGCGAGGUCGUCACUGCUCGACGAGCGUCUCCAAAUUUUAUCUUGGCCACUGUCCACUCCGAGACCUCCACGGUCCGAGCCAAUUUUAUUAGAUACUACCGUACUUCAUUAUCUGGCAGUGAAGGUGCAAGAUAUUCCUCUCGGCUUGAAAAUUUAUUCCAGUAUUUUUCGAUAUCUCGUACUACGGAAGCACAUUGACACCGGACUUCUUCUUUGCCAGCGGCAGCUUUAUUAUCAUCUUUUAUCCGGGCAAACUUAUUCGGUGCAAACGUAGUAAGGAUAAGAUCAUCAGUGGCUGAUGAAUUACUCCGAAGUUCCUCUUUGUCCCUGUCCAUAUUGAAAUUUCCUAUCUACACUUAAUUGACCCAAUUACAUGCAAUUACGGGGUCCACUGACAUUGCCACGCACUUCGAGCCAAUCUCCCUGAAAUUUCUUGCCAAGGAUUGUUUUAUACAAUAAACCGUAAUAAUGAGUAAUGGAAACAGCAAGAAACUCUCUCGCUGGUACUUCGGAGGCCUCGCAUCAGCUGGAGCCGCUUGUGUCACUCAUCCUCUGGAUUUGCUGAAGGUGCACUUGCAAACUCAGCAGGAGGGAAAGCUGUCCAUCACGAAGCUCACGAUACAGAUUAUUCGGAAGCAAGGCAUCAUGGCGCUGUACAGCGGGCUUACUGCCUCUUUAUUGCGACAACUGACUUACUCCACCACGCGGUUUGGACUUUACGAGGUUGGAAAACAAGUAUUAGAAACUCCAGGAAAGACCUUGCCCUUCUAUUACAUGUUAGUAUUGGCCGGAGUAUCAGGAGCUGCAGGUGGAGUAGUUGGAACCCCAGCAGACCUUAUCAACGUGCGAAUGCAGAAUGACAUUAAACUUCCUAAAGAAUCACGAAGAAAUUACAAACAUGCCUUGGAUGGACUGCUACGCGUUACAAAAGAAGAAGGAUUCAUCAAGCUCUUCAAUGGAUGUUCCACGGCAACCAGCAGGGCAACCUUGAUGACCAUCGGCCAGCUCAGCUUCUACGAUCAGAUCAAAUUAUUGCUUCUACAGACCGGUAUUUUCCACGACAAUCCAACGACCCAUUUUCUGUCGAGCUUAUCAGCGGGAGCGAUAGCCACGACCCUUACACAGCCUCUGGAUGUACUGAAGACGAGGGCGAUGAACGCCAAACCAGGGGAAUUUAAGAGCAUGAUGCAUCUUGUCCUCUACACCGCCAAGAUGGGUCCAUUGGGCUUCUUUAAGGGCUACGUGCCGGCAUUUGUGCGAUUAGCACCGCACACGAUAUUGACGUUCGUCUUCCUGGAACAGCUCAGAUCGAAUUUUGGAGUGGCCUCCAUGACACCGCCAUGAGUCUGCACAAAGAAAUUCAGGUUUAUUUUCUCGAGUACCUACGAAACUCUCGAUGGGUCGAGAGUUUUCUCUUAUUAUUUUCUUCGUGCACGGGUCGCGGAGAGCGGGGACAAUUUUUGGUGUAAACUAGUCUUUUAGAAUACUGCGGGACAGGUGUAACGAGUCGUUAAUGAUCACAUGAUUAUGUGACUACCUACUGACAGGUAUAGCGAGACGUUAACGAUUCCUAAAUGUUUUGUCACGGUUAAUAGGUAAAACAAAGUGUUAAUUUUUUGCCAGAUAUAUGAAAGAGGUGAACGGUUGUAAAGAACUGUUAACGAUUGCACAUGUAUAUAGUUAACGAUUUAUGGAUUGAUACGGGUCGUUAAUGAUUCAUGGGUACAACAGUCGUUGAUGAUUCAUGGGUACAGCGGACCUUAACGAUUUGUGGAUUAACGAGUCGUUAAGCAUUCAAGAGUACAGAGGUUAACGUUUCAUAGAUAUAACGAGUCGUUGACGAUUCAUGGGUACAGCAGACGUUAACGAUUUAUGAAUAUAAUGAGUCGUUGAUGAUUCAUUAGUACAGCAGACGUUAACGAUUUGUGGAUUAACGAGUCGUUAAUUAUUCGUGGAUAUAACGAGUCGUUAAGCAUUCAUGGGUACAACAGACGUUAACGUUUCAUAGAUAUAACGAGUCGUUGACGAUUUAUGGGUACAGCAGACGUUAACGAUUCGUGGAUAUAACGAGUCGUUAAGCAUUCAUGGGUACAACAGACGUUAAUCAUUAGUGGAUGUAACGAGUCGUUGACGAUUCAUGGGUACAACAGAUGUUAAUCAUUAAUGGAUGUAACCAGUCGUUGACGAUUCAUGGGUACAACAGACGUUAAUCAUUAGUGGCUGUAACGAGUCGUUAAGUAUUCAUGGGUACAAUAAACGUUAACGUUUCAUAGAUAUAACGAGUCGUUGACGAUUUAUGGGUACAGCAGACGUUAACAAUUCGUGGAUUAACGAGUCGUUAAUCAGUCGUGGAUAUAACGAGUCGUUAAGCAUUCAUGGGUACAACAGACGUUGAUCAUUCAUGGGUACAACAGACGUUAACGUUUCAUAGAUAUAACGAGUCGUUGACAAUUCAUGUGUAUAUCGAGUGGUUAACAAUUUCUAAAAUGUUUAGUGUUGGUUAACAAGUGUAACAAAAUUUUAACUAUGCAAGUAUAUAAGAAAGACGAGCAUAUGAAAAGAGUCGUUAACGAUUCAUGGAUAUAACGAGUCAUUGACAAUUCAUGUAUAUAUAGAGUCGUUGACAAUUCAUGUAUAUAUCAAGUCGUUAACGAUUCCUUUAAUGUUUAGUGUCGGUUGACUUGUACAACAAAUUGUUAUGUAUGCAAAAAUAUUGGAAAGAUGAGCAGGUGCAAAGAGUCAUGAACAAAUUGUGUAAUUACUCAAGUAUGCUGUUAACGAUUAAACAGGUGUAAAUAGGU